CUGUGAGUUGAAGGUUAAACCCAGAAGCAUUCACACUCUCCUUACCGAAAAGCAUUCAAUCAUCCCUUCUCAAAACGCUGCGUUUCGGUCGAUCUCUGAGUUCAAGAGAAAGCUGUGGGUCACAAGAAGUUGCAUGAAGUCAUCAUCGUUUUAGUCUUUAAUUAUAGCACAAGCAGAGUCCUAGUUGCAUACAUAUCAGGGGCAAAGACAAUUAGCCAUCAUGGAAACCUCCAAAGCAGAGGAGCCUGUUGUUUUGGAUCGUGCUUCUCGAAUAACAAGAGGGAAACGGAUGAACAAGUUGCUUGAUGAGGAGGUUGAACAGGAUGAUCAUUUCUGGAAUCAGGAUGCUCUUAAAGAGGAAGAAAAUGAUGUGAAUUAUGAAGAAGAAGCAGAGGUUGCAGAUGAGUUUGAUAGUGACUUUGAUGAAGAUGAACCUGAACCUGAUGAAGAGGUAGAAAAUGAUGCUGAUGACAGACCACGGACAAAGAAGCGGCUAAUUUAUCCCGGAAAGACUUUGGCAAAGAAAAAAAAGAAAAAGGUCCUUUCAAAUUUAGAAAGGGUUACCAAGGGUGAAAAAACUUCCCCAGAGUCCACAGUCCCUGAAAAUAAUGAAGUCCCUGAUGAUCUAGAAGUAGAAAGAAUAAUAAGGAAAUCCACCAGAACUUCAGUCAUUGUCAGGCAAGCUGAAAGAGAUGCUAUACGUGCAGCUUUGCAAGCAACGAUGAAGCCAAUAAAAAGGAAAAAAGAAGGUGAGGAGAAGAAGAUGACACAAGAAGAGAUGCUUUUAGAAGCAGCUCAGACAGAAAUCAUUAACUUGAGGAAUUUAGAACGUGUGUUAGCAAGGGAGGAAGAAGUCAAGAAAAGAGCAAUUGUGCAUAAAUCAGUCUAUAGUGGUCCACAGAUACGAUAUUCUUCAAAAAAUGGUUGUUCUUAUUUAGAGUUUAGUAAAGGACUGUCAUUUCAGUCAGAGCUUUCUGCAACAUCUGUUCCAUAUCCAGAGAAGGCUGUGUGUGCUGUUACCGGAUUGCCUGCCAAGUACCGUGAUCCAAAGACUGGGCUACCUUAUGCAACCAAAGAAGCUUUUAGAAUUAUUCGUGAGCGUUUUUCAGAGGAAAAUAAUAGAGGACCAAAGAAAAUGGACAUGGGUGUUCUAUUUGAUUCAAUUUCAGCACAAGGUUUUUCUGGUAGGCGAAGGAGAUCAUUAACUUCAAAGAAAAAGGAAACAUCAUAUUUCAGAUAUUUGGCACGUUUCCGCACAAUUCCAGUUCUCGAAAUUGAAGAUUCAGAUUAGCUGCCAUGAAGCCGUGUCGACUAGGGCAUGAUUUCAUACACUCAUCUGGUGGAAGCAUGAUAAACCUCUACAAGGAUGGCAUGGAAAUCAAAAUUUGAAUUGGUCGAAGAUGGGGAAGUUAGUCAUCUUCACCUGUAAGGAAGUUGUAGUUCUCCUAGUCUUCUCGUGUUGGGGGGUUUUUUAAAAUGUGAAAGCCAAGUUGACAUACUAAUACGACCCAAAAAAUAUCCAUUGCAGGCUAUGACAUUGGUGUUGUGAUCAGGGCUGCAAGUGAAAUUUGAACUAACCCAAGCCCUCUCCCCACCUCCAGACAGGCUUUGGGAUUUAAUAUAACCUCUAUCAGACCACUCUUGUUCUAUCAACAAUGUCUGUCUCUGUUAAAUCUAAACCUAAUUACUGAACCCUAGAGGAGACUGCAGAGAAGAGAAUCAAGUACCAACUGAUGCCAUUGCCGUCGAACAUUAGCCAUGCCAGCACCGGUGCAGUUGCAAAUGUCUGACAUAAAUCUCGAUUCUAAGGCCUUGGUAAAGUAUCACUUUCUUACUGAUUGCUGUCGAGAAAUCUGAAGAAAAGAACACUGGAACCCUACAAGUUGUAUUGCUUGAAUUGCCAAAGAUGUAAAGGGCCAUUUUUAUACCAUUUGCCACUUAAAUCAAUGCUUGGGAAAUUGUCAUCUCUUGGUA